CGGUGCUGGUUGCUCGAUUUUCCUACUCCCUUCCGGUUUUUCAUUGCUCGGUUUCCGGCCGCGUGCGUUCCCUCGCGUGAUCAUCAUCCGAUCAAUUCGCACCGACGGCGCAUCCGCGUCGGUCCCAUCGAACGAAUUCUGCCGAGAUCUCCGAGUGAAAACAACGAUAGAAGACUGUCAACGAUCCCGGCGACCGCCAAGGACACGCCUACUCGACGUACUUCCGGACGCAGUGGACGCCUGGACAUCCGGUGCAGUGUUGUUUUUCUCGUGGGGAAUUUCAGUGCGAAUUCUCUAGACGCAAGUCCUCGCACCGCGGACGUCGAGUUCCAUAAAGUUUCACGGAGUUUGACAGAGUUUCACGGAGUUUGACGGGGUUUGAGCUGACUGGUUUCGUAAAGUUCGGACAGUUGAGUGACUCACGGGGCCGCCGGUGCGAGAUUAGGCUAUCCUCGAUGGCGACGACCGUUCAUUGUGAUUGGACUGCGUUUGUUUGAGCGAGUUUGGGACACCCGGGGCCGAGGUUCGAACGAGAAUUCGAAUUGCCGGCUCGUCGGACUGCCGUUUCACGAGAUAAUCGGCGGCGGUAGGAGGAUGCUUGGCACAGUUUGAGGCGGUUUGACACGGUUUAAAGCGGUUUGACACGGUUUGAGACGAUUCGAGGCGACGGGACUUCGCGGAACGGACUCUCCGGGCUGGGGAAAAAGGUGCUCGGGACUCGGAGGAGCGGGGCUCGAGUGAGUCGCUGGCUGGGAUAACUGGCGAGAACGAGUCGCCGGGGCCCGGUUCCCGAAGAAUUCCUCGCAGAAGAGACGAGACGUCGGGAUGAUGAAGACGCCGCUGCGUGGUCCGAAGUGACUGAAGUCGGCACCCUGACGUCGGCCCGAUGGCCAGCCAUCGCUCGGGGAGGAUGCGAUGAGACGAUGUGACCGGAAGCUCCGAGGAAACGGCGAUGACCAGCUCCUGAGCUGCCGAAACCGGAAGUCGUCAGUCAUCGUGGUGGUGACGAAGAGGUGCGAAAGAUGCCACGACCGUCGAGGGACACAUACGGCGACCAGAAGCCGCCGUACUCGUACAUUUCGCUGACCGCGAUGGCGAUCUGGUCGUCCAGGGACAAGAUGCUGCCUUUGGCCGAGAUCUACAAGUUCAUCGCGGACCGGUUCCCCUACUAUCGCAAGGACACCCGCAGAUGGCAGAAUUCGCUGAGGCACAAUCUGUCUUUUAAUGACUGCUUCAUCAAGGUGCCGAGGGGUCCGCACCGACCCGGCAAGGGCGCGUACUGGGCGCUCCACCCGGCAGCCCUGUCGAUGUUCGAGAACGGGUCGCUGCUUCGCCGCCGGAAGCGUUUCAAGCUGCACAAGCCGGACAAAGAGCUGCUAAAAUCGGAGCUGCAGGCGCUGGCAUCGGCGAUGCCGCCGCCGCACUCGGAGUCCUCGCCGGUGUUGUCGAUAAACCCGAGCGUCCAGUCGAGCAGCCUAACAGUGGCGAACCUGUACCGUCUGCGGGACGAUCUCCUCCGUUGGGAGCUCCAAGAGCACCGUCAGACCAUGACUUCCGGCGGCAACAGUUCCCCGGGGUUCCCAGCGCCAGAGCCCGGGUCCAGCUACUACCUCCUAUCGCCGGAGGUCCGACAGAGACUGGCCGGGACCGACGAGAUCCUGCGCGGCUACGACAGCAACCUCCUGCAGACCGGAAACUGGAGCUUCCCGGGGUUCCAGGUGUCCCCGUACGUCUCCCAGCUGUCCUACUUCCAGACCGAGCUGCCGGACACCAGACAGAUCUGUCCGGCGGCCACGGAGCCCAGCAUCCCCGAGAAAACCGAGCCGAGAAGCUUCGUGGACGUGGCGAGGAGCUCCGCCGCGGAUGACACCAAAAUGGCCGCCGCCUGUUUGCCGCUCGAGCCCCUGCCCAGCCAGACCACGAUCCAGCCCGAGCUGAAGAAGAAGAAGAAACCGUUCACCAUCGAGAAUAUCAUGGCGCCCGACGACGAACAGAUCUCGAGGAACCUCGACGACUCCAAGAGGGGCCAUCUUCUUGCACCGAGGCCGCUCUACGCCGCCGGUUUCCCCUUCGGACUCGCCAAGGUACCUUACGAAACUGCCACCUGAAUCCAGGGACUUGUGGAUCUGUGAUCGCCGCAACUCGGUCUCGGACGUGACGCGUCGUGUGGUUCGUGAAGUUCUACAACGGGGUUGUCGAGAUGGCAUCCGCGCCGGGCAAUACGGCGGACUGGGCUUCGGCGAUGGGCUGCUGAUGAGGUUGUUCCUUGUUCUUGUGUCAGCUGCGAGAUUUAUCGGAGUUCGGGAAAUAGGUUGGAGUGGCGGGCGAUGGCUGACGCGUUGGAGAUGGUAUGGUCAUUAUGCUGUGUGCUAAUGACUAUACGUCAAUGUUCAACAGCAGAUUCGGUUGUAAGGUUCCUGAGGCGAUUUGAAGCAACUUUUUCCUUAGCGAAAAUGCGAUUCGCUGU